AUGGCCAUGGCCAUGUUGACGAAAGCCGCCCACGUCCUCCGCCGCCUGCCUGCGAUGAGCGCGGCCCGGUCGUGGCCGGCGCACAAUACAUGCCGCCGGUUUCUCACUACCAACAAGGUGCACGGCCUCUUCAUCAACUACAUCGACCACUGCCGGCCGCACCUCUUCGCCCGCCCCUCCUCCGACUCCAUGAUCGACCCCAUGCUUGACUUCCUGCCCGACGACAACGACCGGCGCUGGUGGUGGUCGAUCCUGGACCACAGCAACGGCCUCCUCCUCUGCAACAUGGGACCGGGCGAGCUCUGCGUGCUUAACCCGGCGACGAGGCGGUGGACAAUUCUACCCUGGCCCCGUCAGGCACCCGUUGCGCUUGAUCCUGCAGUGCCCGGGGAGCCACCGUCGCUAGACCGGUCAUCUGUGGAUGAGGAUAAUGACAUGCGCCACUUGAUGGAACUGGAAUCGCCACGGACUUCAUGGGCGUUGAUGAGGAUCUUAAGGGUACCGCCCCGGCAAGAUCUUUGUGCCGGCGUGUACCUUGCAUUUGAUCCUGCUGUGUCGCCGCACUAUGAGCUGUUGACGAUCCCUGCCAUACCUGGCGCGCCUAACAAGCUUGCAUUCAGAGCAGCCAAAGGAAGAAGCAGCGAUGAUAAUGAUAAGAGCCGCUUAAUGGAAUCGGAAUGGCCACCGACUAUUUGGAGGUUAAACAUGUAUUCAUCAAGGACUGGUCAGUGGGAAGAGAGGGAUUUCGUCCGCCAGGGAGAGCCGGCAGGAACAGUUGGAGACAUGCUGAAAGAUCGAGCUGAGCUAUCUUGGGGGCCACGCCAACACUAUGCAGUGUAUUAUCAAGGAGCACUUUAUGUGCACUGUCGAGGUUCCUUUGUUUUGAGGCUUUCAUUGUCAAACGGUAUAUAUCAAGUGAUUAGAACACCAUCAUAUGGUGAGGGCAAGAUAUUUGGAAAACCGUAUCUAGGGAGAUCAGAGAAAGGUGUGUACUUUGGAAUAAUUGAAAAGUCCCAACUACGGGUUUGGAUCUUGAGUGAAUUAAGUGAACAACGGAUGGAGUGGAUCUUAAAGUAUGAACAUGACCUUGCCCAGUAUGCCCUACAUCUAGGAAAAUUUGAGCGCAAAAUGGAUGCACCUUGGAUGGUACAUGAUGUGUCUGACACUCAUCACGAGGCUGCUCAUGUUGGUGCUAAAACUUCGGGGAAAGUGAGAUUUGACUGGGAUUCUGACAAUGAUGACUUUUUUACAGUUAAAUUUGAUCCCAAUGAAUACCCCAAUUUCUUUGAUAUUCUUGGAUUCCAUCCUUGCAAGGAAGUUGUCUUUCUGAAUCAAAUGUUUAGCGUAGUGGCCUAUCAUUUGAAAAACUCAAAGGUUCAAUAUCUUGGCAACUCACGCCCAGAAAGUUACUACGUUAACCAUACAAACGGAAUAUAUGAGUCGUUUGUGUAUAGUCCAUGUAUGGUUGGUGAUCUUAAUGAAGGACAUAAUAAGCAGAGCACAUCUUAAAGAUGGCAUGGAUGAGUGCAUCGCAUGAUACAGAAGCCAGGGUUAUCCCCUUUUCGGAAAAAAAAUCUUAAAGCGGUGUCUUCAUGUUUGAGCCCUGGCUUGUCCGUGAUUUUUUCCCGUUAGGUGGCUUCUUCUUGGUUUAUGUGUGUAGGUUCAUUUCUUACGUACUAUAUACUAUUCUAUGUAGGAGCAAACUAUAUGCGUUGAUAUUAAGUUUCAAUAAUGGGUCA